AAAGUUUGUAGCUCAUACAUAUGAAAGCGCUCAGUGGGGUUAUUAAGAUAUGAAUAAAUUUAGGCUUAUUCGUUCUGCGGUCUGCAACCGCUCUAAAUUAGGAAAUUCAGAUUCCAUUAGAGUUUCCUGAUACAGUUUUAUUUUAGAUAUGUUAAUAAAGUCAUCCAUGUUAUGCAUAUAUGUAAUUGUAUAGAACUUCAAAUCUGUUUAUCAACUGAAAAUAGUAAAAUAACUACACUCUUUCAGGGACAACAGACUUCUGAAAUUUCAACUACUGAUAAUAUCACACCAAAAAAUACUGCAGUAUCAGACGACUCAAUGGAAAUUCCUGUUGAAAUCCAAGCAAAAAUCGACAAACUCUCUCCCAAACAAUUGAAACAUUUGGUUAAACAAUAUCGUAAGAAAGAACACCAAACUACAUUUGAAUCUUUUUACUCGAUACUUCCUCCUCAAGAUCAUUCAAAUUUAACUUUAUCUGAACUAGUCAACUAUGCUGAAAACUCAAUUAAAACUAAAGAAUAUCUCAAGCAUAGAAAUUUAGUUCAAUGUUAUGGAUUGCCUCUGUUUAAAAGAUCUGGAAAAGGAGGUUUUGGUCUGAUCUAUAAAUCUACUAGUCCAGAUAAAAAGAAGACUUAUGCCAUUAAAUUAGUGCCGAUGGCCCCUUUAGCUGAUGUUACUUCAGAACAAAUCAUGAAUGAAUACUUCAUUUCUCUGAAAUUAGAUCCUCGUUAUUUUUCAGUUGGCAUUGAUAUUUUAGCUUCUACUAUUGAUGAACGGUUUUUUAUUAUAGUUCAAAACUUUAUCAGUGGAAUUGACUUAUCGAAAGCCAUCAGUACAUGCAAGAGAUUUCGUGAUAUUAAUUUUACAUUGGGAAUAUUUAAACAAAUAACAAUUGCUUUGUAUUACCUUAACAUUGGUUAUGAUAUCUGUCAUGCAGACUUAAGCUUAAGGAAUAUUAUGUAUAAUAGAAAAACAAAAAGGAUUAAGAUUAUUGAUUUUGGCAUGAGUCUUAAUAUGAAAACGACACCUAAUCAUGAAAAUCUCAAACGUCUAUUGACUCGUGGUUCUCCAGGUUAUGUUAUUCGUAAUAGCUAUACCAAUUUUGAAGAUCAGAAAGACUAUAUUGAUAUUGGUAGCAGUAAAGAUAUAUUUUCUUUAGGACAUAUACUUUUCAAUCUUAUAUCAGCAGGGGAAUUACUUUGGCUCGAUUGUGAAAAGGAUAUCAGAUUUAACAAAUACCGAAAGUGUUCGGACAAUUUAAUAAGUUAUUGGGAUAGGGCUCAAAAAUUAGUUUGUUCAAAGACCUAUCCCAUUAAGAAAGUUAUGAUUUAUUUAAGAGUCUUGCCAACCUUAAAGAAAAUGAUUGAUUUGGAUGAUACAAUGAGAAUUGAUUUCAUAACAUUAGUGGAUUCUCUAUGGUUUAAGGAAUUGCCUAUUUAUCUUACUCCUAAACCAACCCCAGUAGAAACUGUCCAAUCAAGACCUUAUUCCAUUAAGCAAUCAAUUAAAGAUGCUCUUGAUAUUUUGAGUAUGGUAGCACUGGUGGGGUUUGUGUUAUAUGCAGUCGGAUAUAUAUUUUGAACUUUUUAUUUUGAUUGUGUUAGUAUUCUUUUAUACAAUUAAGUAGACUUAAAUACAUAGUAAGAGUACAUGUCUUCAAGGUCUGAUUAUCUAUCAAAGUAUCUUUCCAAGGGUGAUGAUAGUAAAGAGAAAAAGAAAUCCAAAAAGCAUAAGAAACCAAAACUUUCUGCUGGUUCUAAUAUAAUAAUAUCGCAUGCCACAAAUUGGAACUCAUCUACUGCCAACGAUGAUGAUCCUAUUGCAGAAGAUGAUCAAGAGGAACUGGUGAAUGAAGAAGCACCUGUCAAGGUUGAAGUCAAGAAUUCAACUCAAUUCAAGGGGUUUAAAAGAAUAGAUAAUGGAAAUGAGGUGAGUUUGGAUCCCGUGCCGACAAGGCCAUCACAAGAUGAGAUAGAUGGAUCACAACAAGAGACAGUGUAUAGAGAUUCAAAGGGAAGAGUUAUAGAUAUCAAUGCUCGGAAACAGCA